AUGCGUAAUAAUGUGUUGAUCAGAACCAACGUUAUGACGUUUCUCGGGGAGAGGUUCGAUCGCAGCUUGUCAUUCAAGGAACAUGUUGACCAUGUGAUAACAAAAGCACGCAAAGGUCUAUCUGCAGUGAGGAUUAUGGCUGCUUCCAAUAUCGAGCAAAGACUACUAAUACUUCUAAUAUACGGUCUGGUCCCUUCUCCCAUUGAGUAC